UUUGGUUCCGAUCCGAGAGUUCCGUGUAAACAUUUGGUAGACGGGGGGUGGAUUUGGUGCAAGUGGAAGCGUUGUUGGAUUGAUUGGAAGUGCCUAAGUGUCUUUCCCGAUGCUUGUUAGCCGGUUGACCUGCAGGGCGCUGACCUCCCACCUAUGCACUGGACGAGGCCAGCCGAGACUAGAGAUGACACGACCCAGCUCAAACCUAGCAGAGUUCCGCAAGGCGUUUGCGAAGGCCCAGCACAUCGCCAUCAUCACAGGGGCCGGGGUGAGCGCGGAGAGCGGGGUGCCCACCUUCAGAGGAGCAGGGGGGUACUGGAGGAAAUGGCAGGCACAGGAUCUGGCCACCCCGACCGCGUUCUCUCGUUCUCCGUCGCUAGUGUGGGAGUUCUACCAUUACCGGCGUGAACUCAUGAUGACCAAGGAACCCAACCCGGCACACAUCGCCAUCGCUGAGUGUGAGGCACGACUUGCCAAACAGGGUCGAUCUGUGGUGGUCAUCACUCAGAACAUUGAUGAGCUGCAUCGGAGGGCUGGCUCCAAACAUGUCCUGGAAAUCCACGGUAGCCUUUUCAAGACACGCUGUACAAUAUGUGGAAACAUAGCUGCCAAUCACAAGAGCCCCAUCUGCCCAGCGCUUGAAGGGAAAGGUGCUCCCGACCCGAAGGCAAAAGAUGCUGGCAUACCAGUUGAACAACUACCCAGAUGUGAAGUGCGCGGCUGUAACGGGCUCCUGCGUCCGCAUGUGGUGUGGUUUGGGGAGACGCUGGACUCUGACAUCCUGACUGCAGUGGAACAGGAACUGGACAUGUGCGAUCUCUGUCUUGUGGUUGGCACCUCAUCCAUAGUGUACCCGGCAGCCAUGUUUGCACCCCAAGUGGCAGCCAGGGGAGUUCCAGUGGCAGAAUUCAACAUGGAGGACACCCCCGCCACCAUGAGAUUCAGGUUCCACUUUGAGGGGCCUUGUGGCAGCACUCUCCCCCCCGCUCUGGAGCGUCACGAGACUGAAACCAUCAACUGAUUGUCCGCCCUCUUCUCUUUCUUUCUCUUUCUCUUUCUCUUCAUCACGCCAUCUUUAUCUCUCUCGCUCUUGCUCUUUCUCUUCAUUACGCCAUCUUUUUUCUCUCUCUGCUUUCAUCUCUUUCACACCUCCUUUCAUUCUGUUUUUUUGGGGUUUUUUCGUUUUUCAUUAUGCUGCAUCUAUUGCUUUACCCACCUUUCCCUUGCCACUUUUUCUCUCUUUCUUUCCUCUCAUCCCUCACUCUUUCUCUCUUUCUUGAUUUGCUUUUUUCUGUCUCUCUGUCUCUCCUUCUUUUCUUUUUCCUCCCCUCUGUUCACUAGGGCUGUAAUGAUACACUCGACUCAACGUUCAGUUCGUAUCACGAUUUUUGACCUACGGUUCGAUACACUCCACAAUUGAAAUGAUUAAAUGCAUCUCAUUUGAAGCUUGGAAGCAUUACUACAAUGUAUCAUGUGGUUGUUUUCUGGACUGAAGGAAUGUCAGUCCCUGCAAUGUUAGAAUAAAAAGAAAACAACAAGAAAGAAGAAAAAUUGAGUGCGAUCCAUUUCCUACGACUAGAUUACUUCAGAGACGCACCAACAAGACGGAAGAGCGCGGUGUGUUGAAGAUAACCUUGGACUGAAGGAUAACAAAACUCUGAAACGAUACUGCCUCCAUACAUCACGGUACAGUAUCGUGACUCUGAGUAUCAAGAUGGGUUCUGGGUUCUGGGAUCUGGGUUCGUUCCAAUGUCAUUACAGCCCUACUGUUCACACCUCCGUCUCUCCCAGGACCUCUGUCUGUCUGUCCGUCGUCCCUGCUGCACUUGAAAUAGUCAUCACAUGAUUGUGCUUGGUUGAAUUUGCUCUGUCUGCUCAUAAAAAUGUGUGUGUGGGUGUGGGUGUGGGUGUGGGUGUGUGUGUGUGUGUGUGUGGGUGUGGGUGUGGGUGUGGGUGUGUGUGUGUGUGUGUGUGAAGUGUGAACGUUAGGGGUGUGGGGAAAAUUUUUGAAAAUAGUCACGACUAUUCAUGCAAAUAGUCAUGCUGUGCAAUAUAUCGAAUUUAUAUGGCGAUAUCAAUAUUGCUGUGAAAUGAUAUCAAAUUUCUUAAUAUCGAGUUGAAACCAUUUUUUGUUAUUUCUCUAUACUGCCAAAAGUAGGCUAUAUGUUACACGCAAUACAGUACAUUUCCCUCCACUUGAGCAAUUACGAGUACAGAGCAGACUUACUGCCCAACGCUCAUGCAGAACACUACUGUGUGUUUCUCUACGGCUCUCCACUCACACUGCUGAGAGGAAGGAAGAUUGUGAUUUGUUUGGCACAAUUGUUUUUCUUAAAUAAAAAAAAAUGUGAUAUCAAUACUGACUGAAAUAAUCGUGAUAUUUAUUUUUCCCAUAAUCGAGCUGCCCUUGUCAUGACGAUGCAUCGCGAUACUUAUUUUCAUGAUAUACUGCAUCGAUUCAUAACAAUAUAUCACAAUACUUAUUUUCCCGAUAUACUGCAUCGAUUAAUGACAAUCAAUUACUUGAUAAUAAUAAAUUAUUAUUUUGUUCAACAGAGAGCAGGUAAUAUUUAUGUUGUGGUGGAAGCUAAAAGGCUAAAAUAAAAUGAACUGACUUAAUGAAUGCUACACCGCAACUGACAAAUAAGCAGCAUUUUAACACAUUUACUGACAUAAAUAUUGCAAUGCAUCAGAAUAGUAUAUGAAUCGCAAUGCAUCAUGAUAAAAUCGCAUCGUGGCAUCGUGAUGCAAAUUGAAUCGUGAACACUUUGCCAAUACCCACACCUAGUGUGUGUGUGUGUGUAUGCGCGCAUGUGUGAGUCAGAUUGAGAGAGGGAAUGUCUGUUUGUGUAAAAGUGGAGUUUGUAUGUGUGUGUGUGUGUGUCAGAGGGAGUGUCAGAAAAAUGAGUUUGCACAAUUCUUUGUGUGUAUAUGUAGCUGAUAUGUGUGUAUGUGUUCACUAUCUGGUGGACCGUGGCUACGCCUGAUCUAAUUGUUUGCCAUUAAAGAUUGUGUGAUCAAAAGGGACUUGAAUAGUGGCAGAAUAAAGGAACUGUUAUGAAUUCACUCAAA